UGUUUGAACGCAUUACCGACGAAAUAAAAUUCUAACGUAUUUCAAUUGCACGUUUAAAUGUGAAAAAAAAUCUUAAUUAAUGGAACUAUUGAAAAAUUUGAUUUGCUCUUUAUUUAAAAUUGAACAUCAUUAAAAGUGGGACUUGAUUUCACAUUCACGGAUACGUUGAAUAUUGAAAGGAAUCAUGCAUUCAAAAUCAUUUUCAUGCCUGCCCGGAGUUCCAGUUCGUUUAGGUGUUGGAAUUAUGUCCUUCGCCAUAUGCUUCAUUACAUAUAUUAUGCGCUCGAAUUUUGCGAUUUCGCAGCUAGCAAUGGUGCAGAAAAACAACAAUGAUACGGAUAAUGGACCACGUUACGAAUGGACAAGUAACGAAGUUAGCUGGGUGCAGGGCGCUUUUUUCUUCGGUAAUUGUAUAUCGACCUUUCCAGCUGGAUUCAUAACUGAAUUCUAUGGCGGUUCAUUGACUACAACGAUUUCAUUGAUUAUAAGUGUCAUAUUGACAGCAACGACUCCAAUAACAUGCCAAUUAUCAGUUUGGGCGCUGUAUGCAAAUCGAGUCAUUCUUGGAAUUUCUAAUGGUGUAUUCUUUCCAGCUUUGCAUAAUGUUGUAUCAAAAUGGGCGCCACCAGAUGAAAAAGGAAAAUUUGUUGCAGCAUUGCUUGGUGGCAAUGUUGGCACCGUUUUUACAUUCCAAUUGACCCCAUAUAUUACAGAAUUAUAUGGAUGGGAAUCGACAUUUUAUGGUGAGGCCGUGCUCGUUCUAAUUACAACAGUUCUAUGGAUGCUUCUGGUAUCAAAUACACCGCAUACACACCGUUUUAUAAGCGAGAAAGAGGUGAACUAUAUUGAAACAUCCCUCGGAUCUACUGUUUCCAAAGAGAAGCAAAUACCUCCCUAUCGUAAAAUAUUUUCAUCGAUAUCAUUCAUAUCGCUCAUAUUGUUGCACUUUGGCAAUCUAUGGGGUUUAUUCUUUUUAUUAACCAUUGCACCAGAAUACAUGCAGUCUUCGCUUAACUUCAACAUGAAAGAGUCGGGCAUUUACUCAAGCUUACCGCAUUUGGCACGAUUCCUAGCCGGCUUUCUUUUCGGUCAAAUUGGUGAUUACUUGCGACACCGAAACACAAAUUCAACUUUUCUCCGAAAAUUUUUCUGUAUCUUCUCUCACAUUCUUCCCGGACUCUUGCUAUUGGCAGUUCCAUAUAUUAAAAACACCGGUCUCAUUAUAUCCCUUCUAACACUUUCAUUAGGAUUUAAUGGUUCGGCGACAUUGACCAACUUACAAAAUUCACAAGAUCUUGCACCAAAUUUUGCCGGCACAUUAUAUUCGAUAAUAAAUGGUAUUGGAUUUUCUUCUGGAUUCUUUGGACCACUUUUGAAGAAUCUAUUUGUACACUAUGGACCCAUUUACAAUUUUAAUCCAUGGUCAGCGAUGUUUAUGGUCGGCGGUUUUGGCUACAUAGUACCUGCUGUGUUGUUCUGGUUUUUGGGCACGGCUGAGGUGCAAGAAUGGAACGAAAUUAAAAAAUCACGUAAUAUUAAUACGGAAGAAUCACAACAACAAUCGGAAUACUCACAAGACAGAGACACAAAUAAUGAAAAUCAUCAAACUAAAUUAUAAUUUUUUUGUUCAUUAAAAAUGAUGAAUAUUUUAAACAAAAAAAUCAGUAUCUGAUUUCGCGUUACUAAUCUUGAAUAUUCGAUAAUGAAGAAUAUCAUUUCUGUUGUCUUUCGAUAGAUGGCGUAACUGUCUUUUUUUAAUUAUCGACACUUUUAAAUUCAUCAAUCCGUUAAAGAAAACGGAUAAAAAAAAACGUCUCGAACAUUCCCAAUUUACAAACUAGCUUGUAUAAUUUUUUGAAAAGAGAUUUGCUGAAGAAUUACAGAAAGUUUGAAAAUGUG